UUUUAAAACUUGACUUCGCUCAGCCCACCCUCACUCACUCACACAUCUUCCUCUUUCCCAUCAUCUUCAUCAUCCUUAGAAUCAUUGAUCAACAAUCACCUGAAAUGAAAGUCACAACAAACCAACUGUUCAAUUCAAGCCAAUCAUUGACAAUCGUCUAACCCAACAAGAGCAACUCUUCCCGUUACCAUUUUACACUUGAAGUUGGGUAACACCGUAACUUGUAACAUUGCAAUUGAACCAAGUUAACCUUUAAUUGUUCACUUUAAUCACAAUGUCAUUUCACCUCGCCAUUGGGAUAUUUGUAUCAUUGACUUUGAUAGUUAAUUGUGAUGUCCAGCCUGGCAAUUCAAUUGAUGACAAGCUGGUGCACGAUUUCAAAGACAUUAGUGACGAUAAAAUAAAAAAACCUUAUCAGUUUGGAUAUGAGAUUGAAGAUGGACAAGGAAAUUUACAACAUCGUCAUGAGGAGAGCGAUGGAGAUGGUGCUAAAGUUGGUUCGUACGGCUAUGUUGACGCCAAUGGUAUCUAUCGAAAGGUUGAAUAUAUUGCCGAUAAAAAUGGUUUUCGUGUUAAAAUGAGCUCAAACGAGCCUGGAAUUCAAGGAUAUAAUUCACCGACUGUUUCACUGGUUACCAAACCUUAUACACCUGAUGUAACAACACCAGUUCCUAUCUCAUCAUUGGCUCGAAAUAUUAUGAAUGAUGACCACCUGAAAUCAGUAAAACAUCCAAUAACCAAACAUUAUGAUGAACCAGUCAAACAACACAAGAAACAGGCAACUCAUGACUAUGACAAUUAUCGAAAAAAUAACGACAAAUCAUACGAUUCUGAUGACAGGCCACUACCACCAUUGGCACCACCUAGACCACCAACACCGUCUGUAUCGUCUUCUGCAGCAUUUAGACAAAAGCUACGAUCAAGAUCAGAUUCAGCUCGAGAUGCAGAGUCUCAGUACUUGUCUGCCGCAGCGGAUUGGUCUCCAAGACAUCAAGACCCUCCAAACGAAAAUAAGAUUAAACCAAGUAAUCAAUGGAUUGUUGAUAAACCUCAUAGCUAUUCAUCAACUAAAAAAUUGUCACCAGAGGAAAGAACUCGCAGCUUGAAAAAAGAGCGUCAAUAUUCAGCUUAUGAUUUGAGUAAAAGAAGACAGUCAACUGAACAAAGAGAAAUAAAACCGAUUGAGAAAAGUGAACAAAGAUUUUACCAUGAACCGCUUGAUAAGAAAAUUACCAAACAAUCUAAAAAUCCAGCAAUCAUCAGAAAAGAAUCAGAAAUGAAAUGGACUAACCAUGAAAGCUCUGAUGUUAAAAAUGUUGGCAAAUCGUCUAUAAGACAUCAUACUGAUGACCGAUGGACUAACGAUGCAAAGCAGCAUUAUGAUAGUCAUAAUCACAUGAUAAAUAAACCCAAACAGAAACCAAAAGACCUCGGCCGAUCCAAAUCAUCAAGAGAUCGUAAUCCUACUCAACUAGUAGCUCCACCAACUGUUCCUCGUGUUGAUUAUGACCUUCCCGAAUUUCCUUUACCUGUUGGCCAUUUCCAACAAUCGUCUGAUUCAAUAGAGUCAACUGAACAUAAACCAGUCCAUGAUGUGAGCAACUACUCAAAUGAGCAAGAAAUGAGUAAAAAUAAAAUUAAUCGGGAAAAUAGUUAUUCAAAUGAAAGGGAUAGUUAUCAACGUUCAGCUGAGAUCGGAUAUCAGAAUAAUCCGAGUAAACCAAUUCACCAGAUGAAUACGGUAAAAUCCUCUGCUCCACAAUAUUCCCCUCGAGCUUCAUCAAUACCAAACAAUCGACGAGAACCGACAAGGAAAAGACCUGCCGCAUACCCAGAUAAACCAUUGACUGAAUCUUAUGAGACUUCGAGAAAUGAAUUGUCAUCAGAGCAGCCACAUUUCAUUACUAAUCUGAUUCCCGAAGUAUUCUAUGAAAAUUCAGGAUCAAUGGAGUCAUAUUCUAACGAGGCGAACAGUCGGGAUGUUGAAAUGAAUAACAGUGGACAACAAAAGAAAUAUCAAGAUAACUAUCGACAACGAGAUUGGUAUAAUGUUGAAGGCGACCAGGCCAAUUCAAAGGAACCUGUAUUGGUGCAACACAUGCGAUCGGGCGAAAGUCGAGAAGAUAGACCUAGAGAUAUGCCGCGAACUGGUCCAAUGGAUAAUUUAAAUAAUUACAAGCAAAUAAUUGGAUUAUCACCAAGAGAAGAUAACGUUAAUUAUGAUGGAAGAUCACGUGAAACGUUGACCUCUUCUUCAUCAUCAGCAGAGGCUUAUGCUGCUUUCAAAACUGGAUUGAGAGGAUUGUUUCCACUAAUAAAUCGUAAUGAAGCUGAACCUUACAGAGUAAAUUAUCCAAUCGGAAAUUCUGAAUCUCAAAUCAAUUUAUUCACAAUGAAUCCAAAAAGAAGCACAUAUACACCAAGCAAACCUUUAAAUCAGCUACAAUCAUCUACAGCUGCGACAGUAAAUAUAUCUCCGUUAUACCGAGACUAGUGUAAUAAUCAUGUAACCAACGUUAAAUUGUUGCUUUGUAGAUAAUUAAUGGUGAAUAUUUUUUUUCUUGUGCUGAACUCAUGUUUAAAUAAGCGAUUGUUAUUUAUUUUGGUUACAUACCUUUGCUUAAAAAGUAACUAUUUAGCUCAUUUUUUUGACAAAAGCACAUUUUUGUUAUUUUUAAACUAAAAUUGCCAAUUUAAUAUUUCAUGUAAAAUUA